UAAUUCGUUGAACGAUCGACUAUUUAGAAUACUAUGUAAGGAGAACGACGAUAAAUUCAAUCGCUUGCUUUUACACACCGAAGUUGGCUGGCUCUCUAAAGGUGCCUGCCUCAAUAAAAUAAGUUUUGGAAUGUUUUCGAUUUUGUGCUCGAGUUUCUUGAAGAAAUGAUGUAAAUUUCAGAGACAGGUUGCUACUAUUUAAGAGCGAUUUUGGUUAUAUGACCGAUUUAUUUGUAAAUGUUAAUAGAAUUAAUCUGCUACUACAAGGUGACGAGCUCAAUUUAUAACGUCAAAAUCAGUUAUUUCUGCCUUUCAAAAAAAAAUUGAUUUUGUGGAAGACCAAUUUUGGUAAGGAUUUUUAGCAUCUCUUCUGGAUUAACAUUUAUUUUCCUGUGAAUUGACAUUAAUACUAAUCCAUUGAGUCGAAUUUCAAAUUUACACUUUCAAUCUUUUUAAAGAAGAAAAUAUUCUUUCUGGUGUCACUGUUGGCAUAGGUUUAGUUGCUAAGACUUGCCAAAGUUUCCAUACCUUAGAAAAUAAAAGAAUGUUACAAUUGUCAAGCCCUGAAAUUGUUGUAUUAGUGCGUGACUUUUUUAAGCCACUUUGAUUUCCAUAUUGAAAAUUCAGCUGUCAAUGUAUUUUAAUUAUAAAGGAUAUAAUUCUAUAGUUCUCAUGGCAGUUGCAGAUUCCAAAUGUCGAUUUGUGUACAUUGACGUUGGAAGUUACGGUAAAGACUGCGAUUCGUCAGUGUUUAAGAGGUCUAGUUUGUGGAAGUCAAUAGAAAAUAAUGAACAAUUGCGAUUUGGAUAGAAUCUCAAUCACAGGUCUUAAGAUAUAUCUGAUGAGAGUAACGUAAGAGGAGGCCUUACGCUAAAUAACAUAAGAAAUACAUUGUGUAAAUAUUUUAUUUCUGACCUCGGAUAUCUACCAUGGCAAAUGUCGAAAAUAUAAACUUGAAAUACGAUUGAAUAUUAAUAAAAAAAUUAACUAAUUUAUAUCGGUAUAAAAAUUUAUAUUUUAAAUAAUAUUUUAUUUUUGUAAUAUUAGUAAAAAUAUACUUACCAAACAAAUUGUUUUCCUUGUCAUCAAGAGCAUCAAAUUAAUUUCAAAAAUAAUAUUACCGAUUUGCACCACUACCUAUAUUAGCCUCGGUUUAUUUACACUGUAGUAUACACAUAUGACAAUAGAAGUAUUGAUAGGUAUGUAAGGACAAAUAUAUCACACGAACCUAAAGUCAUACUAUAUUACGAGAUGUGGAAAUUAAAUAACGAGAAUUUGUUUCUAAAAAGUAAUAACUAAUAACUAAUAUUACUAAUAGUCAUAAAUGAUCUUAAAUGUAAAAUAUCUAAUUAUGAUAAUUAUUUGUAAAAAACAAAUAUAUUUUUAAGAAACUUUUAAGAAUUAUGUAAAUUGUUAGCAAAAAGUAAUGAGGAAUUUGGAAAAAAAUUUAAUCUUAAAACCAAUUAUUCAAGUCAUAUAAUUCAAGAUGAACUUGUAAAUAUGUGCAGAUGUUGUGAAAGAUAUUGAAGACGUUGAGGUGUUUGGAAUUAUGUGUGAUGAAGCAAGGUGAAAUAUAAAUUAUGUUUUAUACAUGGACUUCUUAAUUUAUUUUUAUUAAAUUAAUUUAUAGGUGUUACAAACAAGAACAAAUGGCAUUAUGUGUAAGAUAUGUUAAAAAUCUAGAUGUUGUUGAGAGAUUUCUCGGUUUUAUAAAUUGUUCUAAGAAUCAAGAUGCUGAAAGUUUGUAUCAUUACAUAUUAUAG